AUGACGCGCCAGAGCGGCGGGACAGAGCGAUGCCGGGUGCAUCGCAAUAGCCCGUACGCAGUCGCGGCACCGCUGCGCCGCGGCGAGCGGUACUGCGGCCACCAUCACCCCGACAAGUUCACCGGGGUGCAGUGCGCAGGGCAGCGCAAGCACGGCAAGGGCCGAUGCCGAGUGUGGAGCGGUUGCUGCUAUGCCGAUGCCGCCCCGCUCCGUCGCGGCAGCCCCUACUGCCACCACCACCGCGUGCGCUGCGUGGGGCUGACGCAGUCCGGCGCGCGCUGCACCGUGACGAGCUCCUCCGAGAACGUGCACGCGCAGCCGCUGCGCGACGGCGAGCUGCACUGCGCACACCAUCAGCCCGCGGCGCCAUCGUCGCUUGCUCCAUCGGCGCCCUGUCCACGCGCCGCGGUCAGCGAUCGGGCCAUCGUGCUCGGUAGCAGCGAAGAUUUCGAGGGCCCGGACGGGCCGCUGCCGCCAUCCAUCGCGAUCGUUGAAAGCGAGGCCAGGCUAGAGCAGGGCAACUGCCUUACGCAGCUACUCCGACGCUUCCCUGCACUUCACUACACCUCGAUCAAGUACAGUGACCCCACACUCCCCCACUUGUGGGUGCUCCCGCUCGAGGGGCAAACGGCACAAACGGGCCGGCUCGCGGACUUCAUGGUGAGCUUAGGGCUCACUGUGAGAGAGCAAGACCUUGACUACGAGAGCUCCGAUGACGAUGCAGCCAGCGAUGUCGACAGCGCGCGUUGCGAUGAGCCGCUGGACCCUGACGUAGAGGCGGAGUUGCCCGAUUAUUUUUAA